AUGUAACUUGUUAAAGUAUGCAUUUAAAAUAUAGCACACCGGUAAAUGGUUUAUAUUCUGUAUUACACUACAUUUUCCGGUCCAAAGGUUUAAGAAUAUUAAAGUUUACAAAAUGAUUAAGUCACUAAGGAGGUUUAUGAAAUACUGUUUAAAAAGUUUAAAAAUGGAUUUAAGUGAAUAAGGUUCAUAUGAUUAAAUAAAACCAAAAGGUGACGGUGAGAUGGAGAUUAAACAUUUCAUCGUACCGGCGGCGGCCUACCCAAGAUACCGAUACGCCAGAGAACAUUUAGUCCCUCUUCUGCAACGGUUCCGGAAAUUGUCACAGAAAUGCAACAUUACAGAUCCUUUCGAGAUUCCUCAGUACGAGGAUGUAAAUAUUUAUACCAUAUCAGACACCAGUACACAUAUCAUCAAUGUUGAGGAAUUGACACCGAAACCUAAUUCUGAUAUCAAACAAACAAUACUAAAAGUUCAGGAUGUUAGGGAUUUCCAGAACAAAUGUCCAGAUACAGCUGCCGCCAUUUACAUUGCAUCCUAUUCAAAGGCCAUCGAAACGGACAGUAAUUUAUUUCAAUAUCUUGGACGUUGUAGUGUACUCAUUGCAGAGGACGAGACUGAAAUUCAAGUGACAACACCGGAUAUCAGAACGAUAGAUGAUCGAAUUACCUGUGUCAAAACAAGAGCAAGUGUUGCGAAGGAAAUGGGAUAUCUCUUAGAGAGAAUUCUUUUUCAAGAACUCAAGAAACGAGUUACAAUUUUAUCAACAUUUUUAGAAGUAGACCCUGCCGAAGCAGCAUUUGCUACACUAGAUCAAGAUGUUUCAAAUAUACUUAAAAAGAAGUAUGACCCAACCAGAUCAAUAUCUACUUCGAGAUCUACAUCUAUAGAGAAUAGGGAUGCUAUACACGUACAUGCGACAUGGUGUGCUGCAAGAUUGUCGGCCAUUAAGAACAAGAUUUGCUCUGAGUAUGGGAAGCAUGUUCCAGAAGUAAGAGACCAGUUGCUGGAAUGCACAGACGUAGGUGGAAGAACAAUAGAGACAUUAAAGAUUUGUGAGCAAGUAAUUCCAUACGUGUCCGAUGAGACAGUCCAGUCUGGUUCCGACCGCAUUCCGCAGAAGAUCGUAGAUCAGACAAAAUUAUUCCAAAAAUCUCAUGAACAUACAAUAAAAGCAAUAGAACUAGAACAACGUUUUAAGACACAUUUAGAACUUGUACAAACUAACAAGGAUGAUUUAAACCAACUGUAUGGGGAAAGCAUGAGUAUGUACCAACGAAGUAUGGUCCCAUUUUAUGAAAGACCUGUGCAAAAGCAGAUGAAACAUUCUUCGACCACAUUAUGUGAGCAGGUUGCAAGGGAAUUUCUGAGCGUUCCUGGAGUAACUGGAUGUGGAUACAGGUUCCGGAUUUUAGAUGUUUACAUCAGUAAUAAGCUUACUGACGAGCAACGACACAUCGCUGAAGUAAAAGUUCAGACAAUCGCCGAUAAACACGGCAUCAAUGAAUUCAAGAUUCGAUUAGAGCAAGAAGUCAUAACAGAAUUUGCGGAAUAUGAAGUUGGAUCAACUCUUACAAGUCGACAAAAUAGAAGCGCUAGUUUAGGUGGUUUUGCUCUGAAAGGGGAAACGAAAGACCUAAGUUUACUUGUAGCACGACACUUUGCAGAUGAUGGUAAACCUGUCUAUGUUCGUGAUGAGAAGGGUAAUAAAUGUAUUUUUGCUCAUAUUAUUCCACCCAAUGUGCACGAAAGGUUUGCCACAUUAGAUAUUGCUGCAGGGCUCGUUCUGAAAAAAGAAAGAUCAAAAUGUCUUACAAUGUUCAAAGAUCAUUGUGGCACUCCACUGGCAAGUGAGCUGUCAUCGUUUGAGAACGAGGCGGAAAUUGAGUGGCUGAAGGGAUUACCUGUACAUAUUUGGGGGGCCAGUAGCUCUCCCGGCUUGGGAAAAAUAAUCAUUCCCGAUUUUUAUGUCGAAGGAAUGAAAAGACUUGUCAAAAUAGAAGACAGGCACCCAGUGGACAAAGAGGAAAUCGUGCCAUUUAGUAAGGAGGGUGACAGUGGUGCAAUUGUGUGCGCCGAUGAUCCCGAUGGUGAAAAGGUGCACGUAGUGUCAAUGGUGACUGGGUCAUCAAAUUAUGAGGAAAAACAACAGAAUCCUGACAUUAAAGGUGAAUAUUUAUCAAUCAGACUCAAAGAUGGAUUGAUGCAGCUGGAAGAGGUUCAUGGGGAUACUUUUAAUUUGUGUUAAUGCAUUUCAUUUUUUUUAAAGAAUUGAAAUUCUACGGGAAAGUUUUACAUUCGAAUGCUUCCCGGUAUUUUUAACGACAUCAAUUUUCCCUGAAAACUUUCAUGGACUCAUAUUCACAGGAUAGAUAACUGUAAACAUUUGGUUUUAGAUCACACACUUAAAUCAUACUUGCUAUUUUUCUAUCUUGUUCUAUAGUAAAUAUAUUAUCUGACAAUCAAAGUUAUUUUAAUGCCUUUUAGCUUGUAUUGCACUAAAAUAUAUCUAAGUGAUACUUUUAUUUACACCGCAUCUUUGAAGGUCGGUAAAUUACCAUUCCGAUACAAACAAAUGCGUCACAUGUCUUCAAAUUUUGCAGUCCUGUUAAAAAUAUAUAAACACUUUAAAAUGACAACAAUCGUUUAAUGGUAUAUAUAUCAAAAAAAGGUGACAAAUAAUGGUUAUUUUAAGACAUUUUGAUCAAGACAGAACCCCCGUUUACAUAUAUUAUGUAAAACUGGAACGUGUAAUAUUUACAGGAAAGAACCGAACUGAACAUAAUUAGAAUUUUUUCAUUGGUCAUUAUAACAUUACAAACUGAAACUAGGGAAUCUCAUUGGUCAUAAUAAUUCAAAUGAUCUUUCCGAAACAUACGUGUGUGAUACACGCCUAAAUGUAAAGUUAAUCUAAAGAGUUUCAGAAACCAAUCCUAGUUAAAUUUCUUGAAUAUCUGAGAUCUGUGAAUCGUGUUGGCUUCCUCCAGUCAAACAUUAUAACAUUUUACACAGCUUUUAAAAUUUCAUUACUUCUGUAGUAAAAACCUUGUUUACGGAUUAAAUUGUUACCCAAAAUAACGAGAAAUCGACUCGCAUGUGCAUGAAAAAAUAAAACGGCAUCAAAAUUACUAUAAAAAAAAAAAAAAAAAAAAAAAAAAAAAAAACAACAAAAUACAGAACUUUUCUUUUCAUGAUAUUGAAUGAUUAAAGAUGUUUUUUCAUUAAAUUUAUACAGCAUAUAUUAAUCUGUAUAUUAAAAGUCAAUGUUAGAUACGUUACAUUGACGUUAACAAUGACAGUUCCAUUUUGAGACAUACCUUGCGAUGUUUAAUUGAAUUAAUGAUUAAAUGCCAUGACGAAACUUCGGAAUAAAGUAAAUAAUAAGUAAAAUAGAUAUAAUUACUUAUAAUAGAAGUAAAGAAAAUUUAAUUUGUCCGAGUAUCUUUUAUAAACUUUUUAAGGUACUUCUUGUUUACAUUAUAUUUGUACAAAUUGUGCAUAAGCGGGUUGCCAUUGAUAAUCAUUUGAAAAUAUGUUUUAAUAAAAUAUUUAAAUCAA